AUGGAUGGGGAGCAAUAUGAAUUUCCCUUCCUGCAAGAAGUGUAUACACCGCAAGAAGAAUCUAAAGUCGACUUCGUCUUCGUUCACGGAUUAAAUCCUCGCGGUCGGAAUGAUCAUCCCUUCGAGACAUGGACACAUGCGAACCGCACAUUCUGGCCGAGGGAUUUUCUGGCGGACGAUAUGCCCUUUGCCAGGGUCUUUGUUUACGGAUAUAAUUCAAACAUCACAAACCCGCAGACAAUGUCCACAGCGAGCAUAAAAGAUCAUGCGAAUACUCUCUUGAACUUAUUAGACAUGGAGAGAGGACCAUCCAUGCAAUCUAUGCCACCAAAGAUUAUUUUCAUCGGACACAGUCUUGGUGGCUUGGUUAUAAAGCAGGCUCUACUGAAUGCGAAAGAAGACCCCAAGUAUGGUUCAAUUCGUACGGCCACCUCAGGACUUGUUUUCUUCGGUACUCCACACCGAGGCGCAAAAGCAGUUGAACUUGGGAAAAUUGCAGCCCGAGUUGCUCGUUUUGUUUCAAAAGGACACGCUAGCAACGACCUACUCGAUUGUUUGGAGCACAACUCUCUAUUCACUCGACAGAUGUCCGACAGAUUUCGACACCAGCUGGAAGACUACCGGGUCGUCAGCUUUAUUGAAGGAAAGGAAGUUCAAAUCGGGGGCGUCGGCCCAGCAUCUAUUAGCCAUUUGGUUGUAGACGAAGAGUCGGCUGUUCUUGGCUUAUCGGGGCUGCGUGAAACCCAACUGAAGCUUGAUGCAGACCAUUCUCAAAUGUGUAAAGUUGGAUCCAGAGGGCCUAUGUAUCGAUUGAUCAAGGGGAACAUAAAGCAACUUGUUGACCAGGCUCUCUUAGCCGAUCAGGGUUUCAUUCCACAACGCUCACCACAUCCGACAACAGGGCGCCUUCCACCACCUAUACCACCUCGCAUGCAUUCCAACAGUAGCACGCCCUACACGCCUCCAGGAGGCUCUAUUAUUGAGCCGGUACAACGAGUCAAAGGGACAAUAUUCGUCGCUCAGGACAAAGACCCGCGGUCUAUUCGAUCGGCAGAGCUGAAAAACCGCUCCAACUGGGACGAAGCCCGAGAAGUAGACUACGAAUUGUUCCAAGAGCAUCUGAGGACUCUCGGAACUGAUCACGUCAGUACCUUAGCUAUGGGAUACAACCUUGCUGAGGUGGAGCUUGAAGGCAAUUACUUAGCAAAGGCGACAGAAUGGAGCCAGUGGGUUUCAGACAAUGCUCAGCGUGUGUUUGGGCCCCGACAUCCAUUGUCCAUGAAGAUUGAAAGUCUCAUGGGAGAGCUUAUGUGUGCAAAGGGGAAGUACCAAGAAGGAGAGUCUAUAUGCGCCAAUGUGCUAGCACGGCAACAGAUGACAAUCGGCGAAGAUCAUCUUGACACAAUAGAAACGCGUCACCGAUUAGGUAUAGCCUAUAACGGUCUCAACCGACGAGAGAAUGCACUUACGACAGCAGAAAAGAUUGCCGAAACCUAUAAGCGUCUUCUGGGAGAGAAUCACAUUCGCGUGUUCUGCGCCGUCUUAGACACUCUGGAGUGGGUUCUUUUCAAUCACGAGAACACCACGUAUAUCGUGAGCCUGAGGUAUCUCCCACCGGACAUACAGCAAGCAGUGGAUACGCUACCACAUAUUUAUGAGGAGCUUAAAUCUGCACUAGGACAAACGCAUCCUCUGACCAUUCGUGCGUUAUCCCUAGUCGGCAGGGGUCAAACCCGAGCCCAAGAAACGACUGAAGCCUCCGAGACGCUCCGUCGCGCUCUUGCGAUCAGCGAGGAGUUCCUUGGUCCCGAUCAUCCACAAACAAUGGAUAUUGUCAGUAACAUUGGUCUCAUGUAUGCAUUGCAAGGCCCUCAGCAUCUUGUGACUGCCAGAUCACGGUCCGAAGCGUUUCCGUGGCUUAUCCGUUGUCUAAACUGGUGCGAGCGACGCCGAGGUAUCGAAAACCCAGAGAGCCAGAUUCUUCUAGAGAUGCUUGGAAAUCUGCAUAUGGCUUCUCAGGAAUACGCACCUGCUCAAAAGUACUUCGAGCGCGCAAUGAGUGCAUAUGGUGGAGCUGACAACGCUGCUACAAAGCGCAUCAACACUAAUCUGCGACUUUGUCAAGCCAAUACUAUGCUUACAGGUCGAGGAGCAGGUAGCGGUAUCAGUAACUUUUUGUCUGCUUUUCAGAAGUUCUAG